AUGAAGACGAGACGAAUUUUGGCUUUAGUAAUCUGCACAUUCUUCUACUUUUGUUAUCAUGGUAUUAUGCACCAUUUCUGUGACAAGAGAUGUGAUCGGGAUGAUAUUUUAUCCCAGAAUCGUACUUUUGUUCUCAAUAAGUCACAUGCGGCUACACGGUGUUUGUGUGUAAUUACAAGGGUGUAUGGACCACAAGUCGAGUAUUUGCCUGUUUUAGCGCUUGGACUACGAUAUGCUGGACUUCAGAACAUUCGGAUGUUUGUAGUAAAUACAGAUAACCGUACUGACAUUGGACAAUUGGCUGCAACAAUCGAGAUCAUCAAUAAACUCGUGCGUCAUAGUAACUAUAUUAGGCUCUUAGAUAUGGGCGUGCUAUCAGCUCAAAAUGAUUAUGGUUAUGACAUGACUGAUCGCGCACUCAAGUAUCUGUAUGAAGGAACUUCACGACCUUAUACAACGUGUGCCUACGUGAUGUUCACAAAUGCUGAUAACUUUUAUGCUCGAAGUUUUGGAAAAUAUAUUCUUCCAUAUAUGAAAACUAAAGUAAAUAUGAUCGCCUGGGGGUUUGUAUCCAGAUUUGGAUGGUCCGAAUUAAUGGAAGUCGUAAACAGUACGAAACCUUGCCAUCCAU